AUGGGUCCCGGAAAGGCCGCCGGACAUACAGCGCUUGUCCGCACGCGCACGCUAAAAUGUAAGGAAGAAUUCCUCGAUCGUGCAAUAAAUCCAGGAGCAGUUGCUAAACAGAUUGCUCUGGUCUCUGCCCGUAUAGAAGCAUGCGAAAGGGAACUUCCCGCACUUGGGAGCGAUCUCAACGGCAGCUCGUGGCCCCUGUGCGACCCUGUAUGGUUUGCGGAAAUGGAGCAACAGCUCGAUUUCGCGAUAGUGCAGGGAUCGCUGUUCACUGUCGACGGAAUGUCGACCUUUGAUGUUCCGUCUGGCCAUCUCGUUAUCCUCGAACAAGAGAUGUUGAGGAGAAAGCGCUACGACAGUGCCAUGAAAUGGAUUACUAUUGUUGUAAGCGCGUUGAACAAGGACAGGCAGUUGCUGGCUCAGUUGCUGGCUCAGUUGCGGGCCCAAAGUGAAGCUUGA